CGAGGAGAAAAGCAGAGCUUCCAGUGGAGAUGGAGAGAGGGGAUGAAUGUGCGUGCGACAGAAGGAUUAAGAUCCGAUGAAGCGAGUAUAAAGUGGCUGGCCUCAUCAGAUUCCCCACCGCAUGCUCAUUUCAUAUCCAUCCUACUUGGCUGUGCGCGGACGACCAAUGAUGAUACAGAACUGAAAAACCGCACACCUCCAUAGAAUUUGACCCUCUCGCAGCCAGAGAGUAGCGAGUUUGCGGACGCAGAGGAAGCGCAGAGGUUUCGAGUGGCAGCAGCAAUGGAGGCCGGAAAUGCUCGACUUGCUCGCAUCGCCGCUCACAUGCGUCCCGUGAGGACGGAGGAGUCUUCGAUAAGGCGAGAGUACACAAGAGCGAAAGGAGCAUCAGCAGGAUUCAAGGUGGCCUUGCUGGGGGCUUGUGGUGGCAUUGGACAGCCUUUGGCUUUACUUUUGAAAUUGAACCCUUUGGUUUCAACCCUGCACUUGUACGAUGUCGUCAACACUCCCGGAGUCACCGCAGACAUCAGCCACACCGACACCACUGCCGUGGUACGGGGUUUUUUGGGGCAAGCCCAAUUGAACGCAGCACUUGAGGGUGCUGACUUGGUUAUCAUCCCAGCAGGCGUACCUCGAAAACCUGGAAUGACUAGGGAUGAUUUGUUCAAUAUCAAUGCUGGAAUUGUAAAAACUCUUAUUGAAGGUGUUGCCAAGAGCUGCCCGAAGGCCAUAGUCGCCAUUAUUAGCAACCCUGUAAACUCGACUGUACCCAUAGCUGCUGAGGUUUUGAAGAAAGCUGGUGUUUAUGAUCCGAAGAAGUUAUUCGGUGUGACAACGUUGGACGUUGUACGAGCCAACACAUUUGUGGCCGAAGUAAUUGGAGUGGACCCAAAGGAAGUGAACGUCCCAGUAUACGGAGGACAUGCAGGAAUCACAAUUUUGCCUAUUCUGUCUCAGGUGUCUCCUCCAUUUUCCUUCUCCAAAGAUGAAGUGGAGUAUCUGACAAAUCGAAUUCAAAAUGGAGGAACCGAAGUUGUUGAGGCCAAGGCAGGCGCAGGAUCUGCAACUCUAUCCAUGGCCUAUGCUGCUGCCAAAUUUGCGGAAGCAGCCUUGCGGGGGAUGAGAGGAGAAAGUGAUGUUGUGGAGUGUGCCUUCGUUGCUUCAGAGGUAACGGAGCUUCCUUUCUUUGCCACCAAAGUAAGGAUGGGACGUGGUGGAAUUGAAGAAAUCUUCCCUUUGGGUCCUUUGAAUGAGUAUGAAAGACAAGGACUGGUAAAAUUGAAGGCCGAGCUGAAAGACAGUAUAGAGAAGGGUAUUAACUUUGUACAGAAGUCAACUAAGUAGAUAGUUUAGUUAGGCCAUCUGGAAUUACUAUUACGAUGUAAUCUUUAACAGGCACAAUUGAAGUUUGUGUACACUUGGCAAAAGUUGGACACUCGGGCCCUUCUUUAAGUGUCGGUAUAUGGAGAUUACGAAACUUAUGUUUGUUCUAAGUAAAUAGUUCACAACAGAACAAAGAAAGUUUCUGCGAGCUAUAUAUAUCUGUUUCUCUUCAACAAUUAUUAAAUUGUUUUUAUUCAUCCCC